AAACAAGCCAAAUUUUACUACUUUUUUAAUUCUAAGCCAAUAAAUUAUUAGUGGCAAAAUAAACAAUAAAUAAGCUUUUGUUAUUUUGGUUUAUAUAAAAUGUAUAAAUCAGAUUAGAUAAAUUAAUCACUCAAAAAGAACUAUCGCUAUGACUUCAAAAAUGGGAUUUUCGAAGGUAAUGUGGUUUAAUACAAAAGAUAGGGCUUUGGCAUUGCAAUCCUCGAUGAUGGAUACAUUUACAUUGGAUAUUGGCAUAAUGAUAAAGUUCAUGGAAAAGCAUUAAUAUUCUUGCCAAAUAUAGGAGUUAUUUUAGCAAAUUUUUCAAAGGGAAUGCAGGUUGGUAUUUAAGUAGUAAAGCUUUAUAAGUUUUCUAAUGAAUACUUCUGUGUCAAUAUUAAAGAUCAUUUAAAGGUUCCAAAAGAAGUUGUUAUUUUCUCUAAGCUUACAAAUAAAUCAGUUUAAGCAUUAAUCAAAAAUGAAAGACAAAUAGAAUUCAAAGAAAUCAUAUUGUCUAAAGAAUACGAAGAAUUAAUUUAAUAAUUAGAUUAAUUUUCGAUGCAAUUUUCAAGUGAUUUUAAAAUUACCAAAUGUUUUAGUAUUGAUGGUGAUAAGUAAAUUAAGCUAGGUUUUGUUGGUGGAAAUCACAAUAGAUUAAAUGGCUUGGGUUUAAUAAUAGAGUAAGAUAGUUACAAAAUAAUUAAGCAAGGACUGUUUGAUGAAGAUAAACUAGAAGGAGUUGGAAAAUUAGUUAUGCCAAAUGACGAUGUGUAUGAAGGGAUAUUUAAAAAUAACUAAAUAGAUGGCCAAGGAUUUUAUUUCACAGCAAAGACUAACUCUUACAUUUAGGGUGUUUUUAAAAAAGAUGUAUGUAAGGAAUUCAUUCAAGAUGGUUUGGAAUAUCCUUUGAAUCAAAUAAAAAAGUUUAAACAGUAAAUACAUGAGUGCAGUAUUCAUUUUUAUUCUUCCUCGUUCUCUGCAAGAGACUUUAUAAGCAUUAAUUGGAAUUAUUUAUAAGAUUACAUGGACAAGUCAAAGUACAUGCCUAUAUUUGUAGAUGGAAAUUCCUCAUCAGGCUUAACCAGCUUACUUGAUAAAAAUUAAAGUACAAAUAAUAAUUUUUAUAGAAGUGAUGAAUACUAAUAGACAUUUUAAGCAAAUAAUUAAUAAAUCAAUAGCAGCAAAUUAAAUACAUGCUAAAUGAUAAGCUCUUCUUUUAAUAAAUAUUAACCACAUAUUACAUAAAGAAGAAGUAGUAGUAUUAACGAAUACAGAAAUUAACUCCCUACAUACCAUCAUAGCAGAUUGAACUCUCUUAAUGUAAGUUAGAAUUUUGGAAAAAAUGGAUUUUUAAAUAGCUCUAAUAGAACAUCUUAAACACAAACUAGCCAAAAAUAUUCAACUAAGUACACAAUAAGCUAUAGAGAUCAUUAAAUUGAAAAUCCAGAAUAGCAGCUUUCUAACUCAAAGAUUAACUUUGGGAAAUUAAAUUGGGGGUAAAAACCAGAGGCUUCUGAUUUAUCUUUUUCAUACACUAAUUUUAAUGUUAAUAAAGAAGGUUAAAAUUUGUAUGAUCUUCUAAAUAACGACGAGACUUAUCAAAAAGAGUCAAAAAUUAAUUACUUUAAGAACUCAGGUAAAAUUCCUUCCUAUUAGGACACAAUGUAGGAAGGUGAAAUAAUUAAAAAAAGGCUUAAUGAAAUGGCUGAUUUUGACAAUUGCAAUGUGUCUAACAACGACAGCGAAAAAAAAAUAUUAGAAUCAGUUUAAUAGAUAAAAAUAAAUUCUAUAUCUCAACCUGUUACUUAUAGAUCAGUUAAUACAACAACCCCUCUUUAAGCAAGAUAAAUUGAAAGAUAGUAGAAUUCUAUAGAUUCUUAAAAAAUGAAUAGAAGAUUUAGCAAUUAAAAUUAUACAUAUAAUAUUGAAGAUAAUUUCUAAAUAAAAGAAAACACACAAGACCCAACAAAAAUUUAAAGUAUUUCUGACUAUCUGAAAAAUGUAGCAGAAAAUAACCAAGAAAGCUAUUUAAAUCAAAAAAUAGAUUCAUGUGAUUUUAGAUAUAACAAAAAUGGUAGAAAUCUCAUUCCAUAUAAUCCCAACCAAUAUGGUAAAGAUUUUAUUAGGUAGGGUUGUGAAACAUCGCAAUCUGAUUAUUCAAUACAAUAGUAUGAAGCCAAAAAGAGGUCAAGCUCUCUAACUACUCCUAAUACAAUAGUUUCCGUUUCCAAAUCAAGUGCUAAUUGCUAUGAUAAAAGAUUAGAAAUUUCACCAGAAAGAGUAACUCUUUCAAUAGAUAAAGGAUUAAACUCAAGUAACAUUUAAUGUGCAUUAAAUCAGUAGAUAAAUAAAAAUAAUGAAAACAUAAUAAAACUUUAAAACCUUUAUGAAGACAGAUUGAAGAGAAGCGAUACAAAUAUUUUAGAAUAAGAAGAUUCAUCAAAGAGCGAGGAUAUUUAGAAAAAAUAACCAUAAUAGCCUAAAAAAUAACAGUUAAAUGACUAAAAAUAAUAAAAUAAUUCUAAUUAAUGUUAAUAAUUACUAUCUUAGUCCUCCUUAACAUAAAAUAAUACUCAACCUAUGAAAUUUAUAAAGGUACUUGGAGUGCCUCAUUCCAAUAAAAGUGAUCAAGUUGGAAUUUUUUUGAAGAUGAAAGAAGAAGCUAUAAAAUAGAAAGAAUUGCAAACAAAUUCAAUAUUAGAAUAAUAAAAUUCCAUUUAAAAAAUUUAAGAGAUCACUCCAUAGAUUGCUCGUAAUGCUAACAAAAUAGCUUCUUAAAAUUCUCUUGGGGUAUCUAUUUUGGAAUAGUACAUGAAUCCAGAGAGUUGUGCUAUCAAAAAAAGUGAUAAAAAUAGUUAGAAAUAAAACAAAUCUUAUCAGUUUUAAGCUAAUUAAAAUGGCAAUAAUAACUUAGAAAAUAUAAAUAAAUAAAAUCAAAUAAAUAAUGGUUAUUAUUUACCUUAAGAAAAAAACGAUUAAAAACCAAUAUCACCAGGUAAUUAAAAUUAAUCUAGCAUGCUAAGUAAUAAUCCAUAUAAUCAAAUACAAAAUGAAUUUGAGCAGAACUUAUAAUAAAUACCUAAACAAUAGCUUGAUAUAUUGUAAGAAUAAAAAAUAAAAUUAAACAGCAUACUUUAUUCUAGAAAGUAAUCAUAUAAUAAUAAUUAAAAUUUAUAAGAUUUACCAUCAGCUAGACUUUCUGGAUAUUCAGUUGGAAUUACAAGUUAAUAUGACAACAAAAAUAUAUUUAACUAAAAUAGUAAUUUAAAUACCUUACCUAUUAAUGUUAGAACCCAAUCAACUGAUAAUUCACCUUAUAACAUAUCAAAAACCAAUCCUAAUGAAAUAGAUGACUUAGAAUUUAAAACAAAAUCUAUGGUGAGAUUUAAUUUAAACUCAGACACUCCUCAAAGACAUUCUUCAUUCAAUUAUAGAAGGUAAUAAACACCAGAAAAAUCAUCUCUCAAAGGAAGUAACAAAUCACAUCUAAAUAGCAACUUAAGUUGCACUUCAAACGAAAGUGAUUAGAAGGUAAGUAAAAGACUAUCAACUUCUAUAGAUUUAUCUAAUAGUAAAUAUCACUAUAAUGAAAACCCAGUAAAUUUAUUUUAUAUGAACACACUUUAAAAAACCUAAAACCAGUGGUUGGAUUUAUAUUCUGUGAACCCAUAGAUAUUAGCCAAUGCAUCUCCUUAAAAAUAUUAAAAAAGCAGAUAGAUUUAAAACAACCAAUAAAUUCAACAAUAGUGUCUUCCUCAAAUAGCAUGAUUGUUUGUAUUUAUCUUAUUCAAAUCAAAAAUUUAGAAGGAUAUUUUAUGUUUUUUUAAUUGUUUUAUUAAUAUAAAAAAUUUUCGAAAUUUAAAGAGUCAA